AUGACUGAAAGUGCUGUCGCUGAAGAGGCUCUGCAUCAUGUGGAGGGCGGGAAAGUCGAGAAAAGAGAUAAGGAUUUCGUUCGCGUGAAGACGCAUCGCUAUGCUAUGCUUUGCGGAUAUCAGGGAAAGAACUAUUUUGGGAUGCAGGUCCAAAAGCCUCCAAACGCGGCCCCUACGAUUGAGGGACAUAUUCUUGAUGCUCUACUCAAGAAUGGAUGGAUUACGGAGAAGCAACAUGAUAAGCCGUACGAUUUUUACUUCCAGAGGGCUGCACGCACGGACAGAGCAGUUAGCGCGGUUCGACAGAUAUGCUCUAUGCAACUACCAAGAAUGGAUGAUCUACCUAUUGACGGUGCCGCUAAAAUGAACAACUUUCUUCCUGAAGAUAUCCGGGUGUUUGGCUUCCGCAAGGCAACGGGCAAUUUUCAUUCUCAGAAGGCAUGCGACGCGAGAACCUAUAGCUAUACUCUGCCCACAUUUGCUUUUGCUAAACCCGACCAGAAAACCGAUGGGCAUUUCCGGAUGCCUACCACGACAAAGACCGAGAUUGACGAAGUGCUGGCGUUGUUUUUGGGGACGCAUAAUUUUUACAACUACACAAGCCGGCGGCUCUGGCAGGACAACUCUUGCAAUCGUUACAUAUUGAGCUUCGCUUGUGGGGAACCGUUUUUAUUCAGGGACGAGUUUCGGGAGCAGGACGUCGAAUUCGUGACUAUUACGGUGAAGGGGCAAAGUUUCAUUUUGCACCAGAUCCGCAAAAUGAUCGGUAUGACGAUUGCGGUAGUUCGGGAACUGCAGAACCGAAGUGCGAUUCAGAGAUCCUUUGAGAAGGAGAGGAUGGAUGUUCCAAAAGCGCCCGGCCUCGGUCUUUUGUUGGAGCGAUUGCACUUUCAAUCGUACGACAAUCGAUAUGCCGAUUCGCACGAUCCGAUCAGUGACUGGGGCGAAUUGGUGGAGAAGAAUGUCGAAGAGAUGAAAUUCACAUAUAUCACCAAGGAGAUCUUGGAAACAGAACUCCGAGAACAAAGUAUGAUGCGCUGGCUGUCCGACCUGGUGCAGAACCACAACUUCAUCGCGAGCCCGGAUUCGGAGACGCUGCCUGAUAACGAAUUUGUUUCAGGAGCGGGAAAGACCGCAAAAGCGGCCAGAGAGGAUUCUGAUUCGGGUGCUGAGCAAGAGGAAGGCACCGAAGAUCAAGCCCCGGUUGGAAAAGGCAAAAUGUUUGGACUUGCCUCAUUCGAAUUCCCCUCCUUGCUUCAAGUGGUCUUUGUGACCGUUAUGAACAAGGUGAUGCCACUGCUCUUCAAAAAUGUAAAAUGCCUCGUUAAAGGGUGCAACAAGGAGCCCGAGCUAUGCAAAAAGGACUGGCAAAAAGACGUCGUUUAUCUGGUUCAAUUCCCCCGCGGCCCGACCAUCCCGAACGUGUCGCCGUUCUGCAUCAAGGCAACCUACCUCCGGGCCAAGAAAAUCAAGUACGAGGUCAUCGAGUCGAUCACCGCCCGCUCCGAGCACAAACUUCUGCCUUUUAUCGAACUGAACGGAAAGGCGAUUGCUGAUUCCCAGCUGAUCAUCAUCCACGUCAACAAGCAUUUUAAUAUUAAGGACUACGCCAACGGUAAAGAUGAAGCUCACGGACGCGCACUUUCGCGAGCAUGCGAGCACCACACAUUCCUUCUCGUCAACUACUUCAAGGUGCUCGAGAACCCGGCAGGAUUUGUAAACGUACUGGCCAGCAACUUCCUCAACAACCCCCUUUUCAACGCUUUCAAGCCGUUUUUGGUGCCGCUGGUCGCUCAUCAUUUUGUCGGAAAGAUGAAGGCCCGUCUGCGUGCUGGUCUCGGCGUGUUCUCGCGCGAAACCAUGGUCGAUCUGCUGCACCGCGACUUGCAAAUGUAUGAGGAGUUGUUGGAUGGGAAGACUAAAUAUUUCUUCGGAGACGAGCCGACUGAGGCCGAUCUCACCCUAUUCGGUCACCUGGCUGCCGUUAACUAUAUCAAUCACGAUUGCUACGCAAAGACGAUCAUCCGAGACAAAAAAUACCCGAAAGUCAGCGAGCUCGUCCAACGGGUCCGGGACGACCUCUGGGGAGAUGACUUUGAACAACAC